AUGGACGCCUACCUCAAGAUAGUACAAGGCUUAGCCGCAGAGUUCGAAUUCUUCGAACUCGUCAAAGUUCCCAGAGGAGAAAACGUCUGUGCCGACGCCCUCGCAGCCCUUGGAAGCAAGCUUCGGGAUCAAGUUAAACGAACCAUCCCAAUACACCGCAUUGAGAAGCCAAUCCAUGGUGAUGAGAUAGUAAGGGUUAUGGCCGAAACGCAUGAAGGCGCUGGAGGAAACCAUUCGGGCGGACGAGCAUUAGCGAUCAAACUGAAGCCUACGCUCAAGUCACAGACAAAGAAAAAAUGGAACAUUCGAUUAAGCCCUUCCACCCCUCGUUACCCGCAAGGAAACGGCCAAGCGGAAUCCUCCAACAAGCUCAUCAUCGACGGCAUUAAGAAACGUUUAGACCUGAAAAAGGGUCAUUGGGCCAACGAACUCGACGUAGUCAUAUGGAGCCAUCGCACAACACCAAGAGGAUCGACUAAAUCGACACCUUUCUCUCUUGCAUACGGUGCCGAGGCUAUGGCUCCCGCAGAAGAUAACGUUUCAAGCCUCCGACGUUCGAAAAUGCCCCAGUACGUCGAACUCAACAAGGAGAUGCUGCUUGAAGCCCUCGACGAGAUUGAAGAACGACGGGACUAA